AUGGCCGCGCCGACCGUGCUGGCGCUCGCCCUGGCCGUCCUCCUCCUCCCGGCGGCAGCGGCGGCGGCGGCGGGGCGCGCCCCGCCGGGCGCCAGCCCGCUCGUGACCACGUGCAACGAGGGCCCCUUCCCGGCGCACUGCGUCAAGGAGCUGGGCCCGCGCCUCCUCGACAUCCAGACCACGCUGGCGUCGGUCUCGCCGCGGGGCGCGCUCAUCGCCGGCGCGCCGGGCACGGUGGACUUCUCUUCGCUCGUGGCCGUGGCCAUGGAGGCGGCCACGGAGGCUGGCGCGGUGGCGUCCACCAUCUUCGAGGGCAAGCUCCCCGGGUUCAACGCCUCCGUGCCGGACUUCAAGGUCUGCCUCAGCAACUGCAGCGUCACCAUGAAGUCCGCCAUGAAGAAGCUCCACGGCGCCACCGCCGCCAUGAAGGUCCACGCCCACGUGGUCGCCAAGGUGCUCGCCGACCGGGCCAUCACCGACGUGUCGGCCUGCACGAUCAGCUGCAGGAACCUCACCGGCGACGUCAAGCUCAUCCUCGAGACCAGCCUCGUGGAGUUCCAGAAGAUGAUCAGGAUCGCCGUCAACUUCCUCACCAAGAUCGCGGCCAAGACUCCGCCCGGCCCUCUCCCUCCCCUCCCUCCCCCGGUGCGCCGCCGCUAG